ACGCAUUUCUCUCGUCUAAGUUUUAUCAAAAUCAUUGCUUGAAACCUGCAGUGGUUUCCCAGUUUUUAGAAGUAUGUGCUGCUUGUAUUUGAUUAUGAUCAACUUACUUGACCAUCUUUCGAGCUUCAAUGAAGUUAUGCUUUAGUGGUCAUCCUACUUCUUAUUGGUUUUAAUGUCAUCGAAGCACUUUUAGGCUUUCAGCAGCUGUUAUGUUGCUACUUUUGAUAAUGGAGGGUGAACCCGUUAACGUGAACGAGUUUCAAGAAUUGGCUAGGCUAGCUCUUCCAAAAAUGUACUAUGACUACUAUGAUGGGGGAGCUGAGGAUCAGUACACAUUAAAGGAGAAUGUGGAAUCGUUUCGUAAAAUCGCGUUGCGGCCUAGAAUCCUUGUAGAUGUAAGCAGAAUAGAUUUGUCAACUAUCAUAUUGGGUCACAGAAUCUCAGCGCCAAUUAUGAUUGCUCCAACUGCUUUUCAUAAGCUGGCACAUCCUCAAGGAGAGGUCGCCACUGCCAGAGCAGCAGCUGCAAGUAACACGAUUAUGGUUUUGUCUUAUAUGUCUACCUGCACGGUGGAGGAGGUUGCUUCCAGCUGCAAUGCUGUUCGGUUUUUUCAAUUAUAUGUAUACAAGAGACGAGAUAUAUCAGCUCAGCUAGUACAUAGAGCUGAAAGAAACGGAUACAAGGCUAUUGUCCUAACCGUUGAUGCUCCCCGACUUGGUCGAAGGGAGGCAGACAUAAAGAACAAAAUGAUUGCACCUCAAUUAAACAAUUUUGAAGGCCUCAUAUCAACUAAAGUUGACCAUGAUGAAGGUUCAAAUUUAGAAGCUUUUGCCAAAGGGACCUUUGAUGCUUCUUUUUGCUGGAGGGACCUGGGAUGGUUAAGAGCUAUAACAAACUUGCCAAUUCUGAUCAAGGGGGUACUCACCCGUGAAGAUGCAAUAAAGGCUAUGGAAGUAGGCGUUGAUGGUAUUAUUGUCUCAAAUCAUGGAGCUCGGCAGCUAGAUUAUACCCCCGCCACUAUUUGUGUUCUGGAAGAGCUCUUAAACCAUGAAACAUAUGCGUUGGGACAUGUCCUGCAGACCUCUUUGUUUAGGCAUGUUGUUCACGCUGUUGGAGGAAAAGUUCCUGUUCUCUUUGAUGGAGGAGUGCGGCGAGGAACAGAUGUCUUCAAGGCAUUAGCCCUUGGUGCACAAGCUGUCUUGGUUGGAAGGCCCGUUGUCUAUGGGCUGGCAGCCAAGGGGGAAUAUGGGGUGAAACGGGUUAUUGAAAUGCUGAAGGAUGAGCUCGAGCUGACUAUGACCCUUUCAGGCUGUCCUGGUGUGAAGGAUAUAAGCAGGAGUCACAUAAAAACGGAGCAGGAGAGACUCCACUCAAUGCUAUAACAUGAUUUGAACUUGAUAAAUGUGUAUGCAUGCUAAAAAAUUCUAUAGAAAGAGAUGAUGAAACGUACUUCAAUAUUAUUUUUCAUUGCUUGCUGACGUACAUUUAUAGGCUGUAUAAUAACUAACUGAUAACUAUGUACAGAGUUUGUAUUUACAUAAAUAACUAGAGAGCUGAUCCUUAUCAGAUU